AUGACUCAACAACAAUCUCAAUCAUAUUUUUUAUGGUCGAAAUCUAAUACGAAACAAGUCAGUAUAAUAUCGGAUGUUGCAAAUAAUAUUUUUGAGUAUAUACUACUUUUCUUAAUGGCAAUAUUUGUUUCGCUAUGUGGUUCACCAUCAAGUAUUCCUGUACAUCAAUUAAUAUUAGUUCCACAUCAAAACAAACGGCUCUAUUAUCACUUCUUUAAGAAAGUAACAGGAAAUGAAGACAUUCUUGGUAUACAAAGUAAAAAAUAUAAUAAAUCUCCUACACGUAAACACAAGAAACAACGUUCUUCUAUCCAACAUCAUCCUGAAGGAGCAAUCUAUGCACAAUAA